UACUCGCGUCCGGUCCGCUGGCGGGUGCACUUUCUUUCCGCCGCCGCCGCCGCCUUCGUCUCCGUCUCAGUGGCAGCGACUCGCAGUACGACGCGAUAACUCGGUUUAGUGUGGUGCACACGGCUCGCGUUGGAGGUAACCACUUACCGCGGUGUGUAAAUACGCGCGUCGCGUCCGGAACGCCGUCACGUCGCAAGGCCGGCCGCACGCUCGCCAGGUACGCCGAUCGCCACUGGUCGCUCGCUCGGACGGACGGACGGACGGACGCUCAGACCGCGGCCAACGCGCGUUUAUGGUGCACGGCCGCCGCCGACGAUGCGGUCGCAGCAGCUGCAGCUGAUGGUGGUGCACGUGUGCAUGCUGACCGCCGCCGUCGCCUCCACCGUCGGCCACGGAUCGGCCACCGCCCCGGCGGCCGCGUCCACGGAUGAUGACGAUGACGGCACGUCCAGACCCGACAGACAAGACGACAAACGAAUAUUCUUUGACGACAUAUUCGGUUCGGUCAGCUACGAACCCGAGGAGAAGUUACCAGUGUCCAAUUGCACUUGCAAUUGCGGAGUGCCAAACCAAGAAAUCCGUAUAGUGGGCGGCCGUCCCACCGGAGUGCACAAGUAUCCAUGGGUAGCGAAACUCAUGUACGAAGGUCAUUUCCACUGCGGUGGAUCACUCAUCAACAGCGAUUACGUGUUAACCGCAGCUCAUUGCGUCCGAAAAUUGAAAAAAUCUCGUAUACGUGUGAUAUUCGGCGAUCACGACCAGAGCACGGCGACCGACGGUGAAACGAUGACCAGAAUGGUAUCUUCGAUCGUGCGUCAUCGGAACUUUGACGUGAACUCGUACAACCACGACGUGGCUCUAUUACGACUGCGGAAGGCGGUACCGUUCUCCAAAUCAGUGCGGCCGAUAUGUUUACCGUUAGCUACUCGCGAACCAUCCGGAAAAGUGGGAACCGUGGUCGGUUGGGGACGUUUGUCGGAAGGUGGAAAUUUGGCGGACGUCGUGCAAGAAGUUCAAGUACCUAUCCUGUCGCUAGCGCAGUGCCGGGCUUCAAAAUACCGACCACAGAGAAUCACCGCCAACAUGAUUUGCGCCGGAAAGGGUGUUGAGGACUCUUGCCAGGGUGACAGUGGAGGACCUUUGUUGAUAAACAGCGAAACCGAUGACAAAUUGGAAAUAGUUGGCAUAGUCUCUUGGGGCGUCGGUUGCGGUAGACCCGGUUACCCGGGCGUGUAUACCAGAGUUACAAAAUAUUUGGAUUGGAUUCAAAAGAACAUGCGAGACACUUGCGCAUGCAUUAGAUAAUGGCCGGAAUUAUUGCAGUACGACAUUGGCAUAUUGUUCGUGACAAAUUACGUAUAAAUUUUAGUCCUACGAGUAUUAUAUAUAUAUAUAUACAUAUAAUACGUGUAUUGUACACAUUAUAUCGUGUUAUUACUUAACAUCUAAGUAUUUAAAUUAAAUUAUUUAUUUGAUCUUGUAUUUUUUUUUUCUUUUCGUUAUAUACUAUGUGUUCACGAACAUUUA